ACAGGAACUUUGAGAAAAACAAAUGUGGAACAACAGUGGAUUUUCCUGAAAAUUCACAGCUAUAAAAGAGGGUGAGUGUUUGUUCUUUCCAGCAUUCUGUGUGGAGCCUACAAACCCAUAUCUCGUUAGAUCGGUUCCACUGGGUCCCAUUUCCCUUCCUUCAACGGUGCUUCUUCUGUUCCGUGCAAACCAUUUCCUUCACUUCUACAUACAAGACAGAGCACUUAUGGAGUCAUAGAGCGAGGGAAAGUGAAAAUCUUUUUAGUCAGACAGAGAAGGGAGUGUGUGUUCAGCUGUUUUUGGUUUUUCAGAAACAGUUUCUUGUUGGGUGAAUAUUCAAUAUUGUUGUUAGUUGUUACUUCUUUUCACUGGAAAGGAAAGCAAUUUUUUGUAUUGGGUUUUAACCAAAAUUUAUUUAUUUAUUUAUUUAUUUUUACUUUGUCUAGCCUUUCUUGAGAAUGGGUCACUAUCAAGAUGAAAUCUAUCUAUAAAUGUGGGUAGGACACAAUUACUUUCAGUGAGAGAGCAUAGUGUGGUCUCUCCGUACUUCUUUAUCGCUCUUUAUCUAUCAUUGUCAAUACUUUCUCUCUUUAUUUGAUUGAGAUCAUUUGUCUUUUUUAUUUGCUUGUGAUAAUUAUUAUGUCAAUUUAGCGUCAACUUCCCCUGUUUUUUUCAGGCUGGCUCAGCUCAUUGCACUGAUAAUAAACAACGCUCAAGAUUAUCUGGGUUCCUCGAAAUUUGAAUUCUACUGGAUUCACCAUUCAAUUUUUUAAUCUGGGUCGAUUGGUUUUGAGGCAAAAUGUUGAAUGCUCGAAACCAAGUUCGAGAUUUGAAGCCAAUUAUUUAUUGAAUGAAGUCAUCCAUUUCAGAAUGGCUUCUCUGAUCUGGAGUCCGUCUGUAGCAUUUUAUACUCACUGAAAACGGAGAUUCUGUAAGUAUGGAUAUCCGAGAAGAUAGCUCUAGAUUUACUGGGUUAGCUGUAACAACUUCAAGGAAUAUGUCAUCAUCAUCUUCAGCAUUCUUUUCGGCAAAUCAGUCACCCUUCUUCUCUCCAAGAUCACCAACCUGUCAAAUGUCUGAAUCGACAAAGUCGGAAGCUCAAUGCGACAGUAUUCAUUUAAGUGGCAAUCCCCUUAGAUUUAGUUCAGGAAGUGCGGUACCUGUAUCUGCAGAAAAUGUACAAGAUGCCUUAUCAGAUAUGUCGAGGGAUCCUGUUGCUGAAAUUGGGACUGAUUUCCCGAACUUUGAUCGAAUAAUGUCCUCAACUGGCAUUUCUAACAGCUCACCAUAUAGUUACAGCUAUGCCCAUGACAAAGGUUAUUCUGGGUUCAGAGAGAUGCGCAGAAAGCAUGGGAGAAAUCAUCGAACAUCAUGUACUCCAGUGUCAAUAUCCUUUCCAUUUGACAGGCUGAGGAGCUGUGAUAUCUUCAUAGGUAUGCAUGGCCGCAAACCUUCUUUGCUGAGGUUUGCUAAUUGGCUCCGUGCUGAAUUGGAGGUUCAAGGAAUAAGUUGUUUUGUAUUGGAUAGAGCUCGAUGUAGGAACUUGCGGAAACAUGAAAUUUUUGAGAGGGCAAUGGAUGUUUCUUCUUUUGGCAUUAUAGUCCUAACAAAGAAGUCCUUUAGGAACCCAUAUACUAUUGAGGAACUGAGGUUUUUUGCAAGUAAGAAAAAUUUGGUGCCGAUAUUCUUUGAUUUGACUCCAGAUGAUUGCCUAGUCAGGGACAUAGUUGAGAAGAGGGGAGAAUUGUGGGAAAAACAUGGAGGUGAGCUAUGGCUUUUGUACGGUGGAUUGGAGAAGGAGUGGAAGGAAGCUGUUAAUGGCCUUUCUCGGGUUGAUGAGUGGAAAUUGGAAGCUCAGGAGGGUAACUGGAGAGAUUGCAUUCUGAGAGCUGUCACAAUUCUGGCAAUGAAAUUGGGAAGGAGAAAUGUUGUAGAACGGCUGACCAAGUGGAGAGAGAAGGUAGAUAAAGAAGAGUUCCCUCUCCCUCGAAAUGAGAACUUCAUUGGAAGGAAGAAAGAAUUAUCUGAACUAGAGUUUAUACUUUUUGGCGAUGUUUGCGGAGAUUCAGAAAGAGAUUAUUUUGAACUAAAGGCAAGACCCGGGAGAAGGAAUUUAACUGUUGGAUGGAGUAAGAGCAGUUCAGUGGAGGAAAAACGAAGGAAGCAAGAAUUGGAGAAUGGAGCCAAGAAAGGUAAAGAACCAGUUGUAUGGAAGGAAUCUGAAAAGGAGAUUGAGAUGCAAACCACAGAGUUUUCCCAAAGGCAGCGCCAAGUGAGGCCAAAAAGUAGUGGACGUUAUGCAAGGAGAAAAAGAUCAAGAAAAAUGGCGUAUGGGAAAGGGAUUGCUUGUGUGUCAGGGGAGCCAGGAAUUGGCAAGACAGAGCUUCUUCUGGAAUUUGCCUAUAGAUAUCACCAAAGGUACAAGAUGGUUUUAUGGAUUGGAGGAGAAAGCAGGUAUAUUAGGCAGAAUUAUCUGAAUCUCUGGUCAUUCUUAGAAGUUGAUGUGGGGGUUGAAAAUUACUCGGAGAAAGGCAUGAUAAAAAGUUUCGAGGAGCAAGAGGAGGAAGCCAUUUAUAGAGUUCGCAAAGUGCUCAUGAGAAACAUACCAUUUUUGGUUGUGAUUGAUAACUUGGAGAGUGAAAAUGAUUGGUGGGAUCACAAACUUGUAAUGGAUCUUCUUCCCCGCUUUGGUGGAGAGUCCCACAUCAUAAUAUCCACACGGCUCCCUUGUGUGAUGAAUUUGGAACCCUUAAAACUCUCUUACUUAUCAGGGGUUGAGGCAAUGUGCUUAAUGCAGGGAAGUGGGAAAGACUAUCCAAUUGCAGAAAUUGAUGUCCUCAGGGUUAUUGAGGAGAAAUUAGGAAGGUCAACUCUGGGCCUUGCAAUAGUAGGGGCAAUUUUAUCUGAGCUCCCUAUAAAUCCAAGCCGGCUAUUGGACACCAUAAAUAGAAUGCCCUUGAGGGAGAUGUCAUGGAGUGGUAGGCAAGCUCAGACAUUGAGGAGAAGCACUUUCCUGUUGCAACUCUUUGAAUUAUGUUUCUCAAUAUUUGAUCAUGCAGAUGGGCCAAGGAGUUUGGCAAGCAGGAUGGUCCAAGCUAGCGGUUGGUUUGCUCCAGCUGCUAUUCCUGUUUCUUUAUUAGCCCUAGCUGCAAACAAGAUACCCCAGAAGCAUAGGGGGGCACGGUUAUGGAGAAAAUUAUUGCAUUCCUUGAGUUCUGGUCUCACUUCAUCAUACAUCAAAAGGUCAGAAGCAGAAGCAUCUGCCUUGUUGUUGAGAUUUAAUAUUGCAAGAAGUAGUACCAAGCAAUGCUAUCUCCAUGUGAAUGAGCUUGUUAAGCUUUAUGUGCGCAAGAGAGGAACUGUUGUAGUUGCCCAGGCCAUGGUCCAAGCUGUCAUCAGUCGUGGGUCCAUAUAUCACCAUUCAGAACAUAUAUGGGCAGCGUGUUUCUUGUUUUUUGGUUUUGGCGAUAACCCCAAAGCUGUUGAGCUGAAGGUGUCAGAGUUGUUACACAUUGUCAGAGAAGUGGUUUUGCCUCUUGCAAUUUGGACAUUCAUUACAUUCUCUCGAUGCAAUACUGCUCUGGAGCUCCUGAGACUAUGCACUGAUGCUUUGGAAGCAGCGGACCAAGCAUUUGUUACCCCAGUUGAGAAGUGGUUGGACAAAUCACUAUGUUGGAGGCCCAUUCGGACUAAUGCUCAGUUGAAUCCAUACCUUUGGCAGGAGCUAGCACUAUCAAGAGCCGCUGUGCUGGAAACUAGGGCAAAGCUUAUGCUGAGAGGGGGACAUUUCAGUGUGGGGGAUGAUUUAAUAAGGAAGGCUAUUUUUAUUAGAACAUCAGUUUGCGGUGAUGAUCAUCCAGACACUGUAUCUGCUCGUGAAACUCUAAGCAGACUCACCAGGCUUCUUGCAAAUCUUCAAAUUUACACUUCACCAUAGUCAAUAUCUCUUGUCAGCAAAACUUACACUAGAAUUAUACAAAAUUCUAAAAUGAAACCGUUGUAAACAUUUUACAGGAAUUUUUUUUUACACCAUUUUAAGUAUAAAAAUGAUGCCCAUUCAUUGCUCAAAA